UUUUACGACACUGAUAAAUAACUUCAUUUGAAUAUAGCGCGUAAUUUUGUCGAGAUGGAAUCAUUGAAUUUUCAACGUUUGGUCAGAAGCUUGGAGUUUUCAAAUGCUGAAUUUGAUAACGAAACGGAGGUCGAAUUAGAAAGACGGUUGAAAAAAAACCAAAAAUUGCUUCUAACUGUUCUCAAUUAUGAAUGGGAAAAUAUUCUUACUCUAAUUUUUAAAGAUUUGGGGAUAAAACGUAUUGUAGGUAAAAAUUUUUCACUUGAAAAAAGUGAACGCACAGAAUAUUUAAUCAAUCUUAUGUAUGUCAUAAUAAAUUUUGUAAAAUUACCGCUUUUUGAUGGGAAUGACACUGAUGGUCUUAUGAAAGUACAUGACUUAAUCGCAGCUAUUUAUGAGUUAAAUGAUUUAGCACUCUUGCCAAAUAUUAAGAAAUUACUUGGAGAGUUCAAAGAUGAUGCACCGCCAGAUUAUAAUUUUUUAUUCGUAGUCACGCAUUUUUUGCGAAAAAUAUUAGUUAUACACGUGUGUCAUGUAAACAAUUCAAUGAAAAAAGUUGUGUUUAAUUAUACUAGUCUUCUGUUUGGCUUACUGAUAGCAAAUGAUGGAAAACAAAUGAUCUUAAGCGCCAAUGAUAUAAAAUAUAUUGAUGUGUCGAUUAUGAACAUUUGGUGUAAAAUUUCUAAAGAGAACUUCAUGGAUUGCCUUGUAGACUUGUGGCGUAAAAAAAAGUUGUCUGUCACUAUUAAAAAAACAAUUUCCAAAAAAUUGAUGGAAGUCCUUAUGUUGGAAGGAGGCUAUAUAAAUUUUAUUGGCUCAUUUCUGGCAUACAUUGUAGAUCUUAUUAAAAUUAAUGGCACAUUAAUGAAGGAUCAUAUAGAUACAAUAUCUAACGUCACACAGAAGUUUGAUACAGAAGAUAAAGAGUUUUUUCCUCGAGUGUUUCCAUUUAUACUAAAAUACCUUAAAUUUUGUUUGAGUUCCGAAAUUUAUGAUAUUAAAUUCUACUUAAGUGUAGAUAUAAUUAAAGCAUUUAUUGAAAGAAGUAGUAAAAAUAAGAUUUUUAUACUUGGACAAAUUUAUGAAAUCGGAAAAAACAUGAUUGACCUUAUAGAUGUGAGUGAAACAAAGAUGAUCACUGAAGAGUUUUCUGCUGAUUUAACUUUGUUUAAUUAUCUCUCUGGAUAUUUAGUAAAUUAUAUUUCGGAGGAUGGUGAUUUAAAAUACGUUAUUAUGUUUUUGAGUUUAUUUAGUGCAAUGAGCGAUGAAAAUAUUGAUGAUAAAAUAAAAUUAGCAAAUGUAAUAACGAAAUACUUAUAUAACCAAUCACAACCUAAUGUUAACAAAAUAAUUUUGGCAUUGUUAAUGAAUAAAGAUAAGUACCAGUUUCCACAUAUACUGAUGGAAGUGCUUGAAAUUGCAUCUAAUUUUAAGGUCAUCUAUAAUGUAUUGAUUGGAGUGUUUCACAUUUUAAAGAGCGAUGAAUAUCAGAAAAUUGUUAAAAUGCCAAAAAUUAAUGUCAACUUCCCUGCAACUUUAGCAGGAUGCGUAGAAUUUAUUUUAAAAUUACCACCAAUAAAAUUGAUAUUAAAUAAAAAAUGUAAUGAAUUUGCAAAAGAUAUUUUUAAUAUCUUAGAUGAUAAAUACAUCCGCGCCAUUUCAAAAUUUUCAGUCAUAAUCCGUGCAAUUUUGACCAUAAUUGGAGAGGCUGUGAAAGUCGCACCAACUGUCCAAACAUUUGAUAUAAUUAAAAUACGUAUGAAGAGAUUAAAAACAAUGUGUUUAGAGCAUGAUAUUAUUAGACUCAUUGAAUCUAUAAUGUAUAUGAUUGACAAAAAGGAUCAAUUUAUUGGUUCCGAAGAUGUUAAAUUGUUGGAAGAGCUUCUGGAGGGCAAUGUAGUAGAUUUAAAGUCAAAAAAUCUAAUAUAUGUUAAAUACGUUUUGGAAGAUAAAAUUAUGACUGCAGCACCUUUUGAAAAGGAAUUAGUUUUUAUAGCAUUCUCAUCCAAUAAAAGUUUUGAUUUGCGCACGGUAUCAUAUGCAGUAGAGUUGUUGGUUACACUCGACAAAUUAGCACUUAUUAAUUCAAUUUAUUUUGUAUGCAAACAUUACAAGUUGGAUUAUAACCCGAUUGUGGGAAACAUAUUAGUAAAACUUUGUGAGCAAAUGGGUUCACUUUGCUAUAAAGAACGGACUUUUAUUCUUGAUACCUUCCUUGAUGUUUUAAAACCUUCUAAUGAAAUCAAUCGCGUCCAAAGUUAUUAUUUUCUCGGACGCAUAUACCCUAUAAUCACGUAUAUAAUAGAUGAUUAUUAUCAUAAGUUUUUAGCAAUCAUUAUUAAAGAUGUAUAUGACGAUGUUAUAGAUGGCAGAGUUAAAUGUGCAGCCCUUGAAACUCUCAGUAAAAUGUUAUACGCAGUACAACACAUGCCACAUUCCAAUGAAGAUAUUAUGCCAGUAAUCGAGUUGGUUACUGGAACACUUUUAACCAAAGUUGAUGAAUUCAUUGAACUUGGCAAUAUAUGCAACAACAUUUUACACAAAAAUACCAAUGAAGUUAUGGACAGUUUUGCUAAAUACAAUAAGAAAAAGUAAUCAACUUAAAGAUAAAGUAUUAGAUGGUCAAAUAAUCAUUUGAUCAAUUUUAAAU